AUGAUGCCUGUGCUGACGCUGGUGCCGUCCCGGUAUCUGGUUUCGCUGUUAACCCCCUGCCUGAAAUCUCAAGAUAUCUCAGCCCCAGACUACGACGCCCGACGCGCGACAAGAACCGCGCGGCGCCGCCGGCGGCGGAGGAGGAGGAUUCUUCUUCUCCCGCGCUCCGUCGACGCCUUCGGGUCCACCGUCAUCGCCGAGGGCGCGGACGACGCUCGCCAGCUCUACUGGGUGCACGCCUGGACCGUGGGGCCCGAUGGGGUGAUCACCAAGCUCAGAGAGUACUUCAACACCGACCUCACCGUCACCCUCCUCUCCUCCGGCGCCGCCUCCUCCGCCAAGAAAGCUGACAUUGAAGGCGCUCCGCCUAAGCAGCAGGACGCUGCCUCUUCUUCCUCGUCGUCCCCCUCGGCAGCAGCAGCAGGGCCCAAGUGCCUGUGGCAGAGCCGCCGCGCCGACAGCGCACACAAGUCGCUGCCGGGCCUCGUCCUCGCCAUCUGA